CUCAUGUUAGAAUUGUAUUCGACUUGGCAGCAGAUGGUUCGCGAAAGUGUGUGUCUCUUCUUUAGCUCGUUAUACUAAUUACUCUCUCUCUAUAUAUAUAUAAAUUAAAGGAAAGGAAUCGAAAAGGAAAACAAGAGAUUACGGAGAAAAUAAGCAAAAACCCGAAAACGGUGGAAUUUAAUUAAUGAAUCGAAUAAAAUCGUGUGCUUAAUUCGCUUUCUUUAAAAGUUAUUCAACAUUCACGUAAAUUUUUAGCGAAAAGUAAAAUUAAAAAAAAAAAACACCACAAUAACAACAAUAAAAAAAGCGAACGAAAUUUAAACGCGAUUUAUAAUCCGUCGAGUUGUUAUCGUAGUAUUACCACCACACAAAUAAAACAGAAUUUAUGAAACAAAACAGCAAAGAAAAAUUUAUUAUUUUUCUAACGUAAAAAGAAAUUCUUCCAAAUGUGAGAGCUUGCUGUUUGAAAUUCAAUUUAUUCAAUUGUGUAUUAUUGCCCUGUGUUUUAAACCGAAAAAAGAUCAUCAGUAAGCAACACCAAUCGAACGAAAAUUAGAAAUUUAGCAAAAAGGAAGAAAACGAAAGAGAUAGAAAAGGCACAGUGUGUGCGUGAGUAUUUGAAUUUUUAUAAAUGAAAAUCAUUUGAAAAUAAAAAUAAAAGAGAAAGUGUCGCUAAAUAUUUCGAUAUAUACAUCUAACAAGCACAACGCAUAAAUUACGUUUAAUACGAUCCGAAAUUUUUCAUUUCAAUUCCCGAAGUGAAAAUAUAUAUCCGAAACGAAAAUUUCAACAGAAUCGAAAAAAAGUGCAAAAACGACAGAACGAGAGUCUAAAAACCAUUCGGUUCGCACAUAAAGCUAAGUGAAUAGAUAGCACAGAAAGAGAUCUUGGUCUAUCUCACUUUCAUCGUUCGUGUGUGUAUUUGUGUGCUUUUGGUGUUUGUGUGUCUGUGUCUGUGCGUUUGUAUCACUUUUGUUUGUGACUCGGAUCAUCAUAUAUCACAACAUACUUUGCCGUUCGUUCGAUUAUAUAUAUACAUACGUAUCUAAAUGUAUAUAGUAUAAAAAAGUUCGUUCCCUGUGCCUCAAAUAGAGUAUAGUGACCUAUGUAGAUGGUAUUAUUUGAUGUGUAUUUUAAGUGAACGUUGGCAGCCCUGGAGUGUUACGGUUUCGUAGCGUUUACUAGCCAACAAGGGUCGCAAAAAAUUUACAAAAACCAAAUCGAAACAAAACACAAAACUAUAUAUACUCAUAUUAGCGAAAAUCAUCACUCAAUGGAUAUUUGUUUGCUUUGCUUGCGGUGCACCUGAAUAGGGGAUGUCGCAAACAAUAUCAAUUGAUUCAACCACAAGAGCAUACGUAACAACAGCAGCCAGUAUUUCUGAUCUAGGCGAAGAAGAAAAAUGUUUGACUGAAAGAAAAUGGUGGUGUUUUCUGUUGUCGAGCAUCUUCACAUUCUUGGCUGGUCUUACGGUCGUUUUGCUGUGGCGUGCCUUUGCUUUUUUGUGUUGUCGUAAGGAGCCAGAAUUAUCACCAAAUGACCCGAAACAGAAGGAGCAGAAAGCCAAUAGGCAGGGGAAGCAGGAGUUCGAGGGCACCUUCAUGACCGAAGCCAAAGAUUGGGCCGGCGAACUGAUAUCGGGGCAAACAACAACCGGCAGAAUUUUGGUGGUGCUCGUUUUUAUAUUAAGUAUUGCAUCGCUUAUUAUAUAUUUUGUUGAUGCAUCGAAUAAAUAUGUUGAGAUGUGCGUCCGGUUUAGCGAAAAUAUCACACAACAAAUCGAUCUUGCAUUCAAUAUAUUUUUUAUGGUUUACUUUUUUAUACGAUUCAUAGCAGCAUCCGAUAAACUAUGGUUUAUGUUAGAAAUGUAUAGCUUCGUAGAUUAUUUUACAAUACCCCCGUCCUUUGUAUCAAUAUAUUUACAGCGAACAUGGAUCGGUCUUCGUUUCCUGAGAGCGCUGCGACUCAUGACCGUUCCCGAUAUAUUACAAUAUUUAAAUGUACUAAAAACAUCAAGUUCGAUACGACUGGCGCAGCUAGUUUCAAUAUUUAUAUCAGUUUGGUUAACAGCGGCCGGAAUAAUACACUUGCUGGAAAAUUCUGGCGAUCCAUUGGAUUUCGAUAAUUCACAACCGUUAUCAUAUUGGACGUGCGUUUAUUUUCUAAUUGUUACUAUGUCAACGGUGGGCUAUGGAGAUGUCUACUGUGAAACUGUGCUGGGGCGAACGUUCUUAGUAUUUUUCCUGCUUGUUGGUUUGGCAAUAUUCGCAAGUUGUAUACCAGAGAUAAUAGACUUGAUUGGAACUAGACCCAAAUAUGGGGGAACAUUGAAGAACGAAAAAGGUCGAAGACAUAUUGUCGUAUGCGGUCACAUAACCUACGAGUCGGUGUCACAUUUUCUCAAGGAUUUUUUGCACGAGGAUCGUGAAGAUGUUGACGUUGAAGUUGUAUUUUUACAUCGUAAACCUCCUGACUUGGAAUUAGAAGGGCUAUUUAAACGUCAUUUUACAACGGUGGAGUUUUUCCAAGGAACUAUUAUGAAUCCCAUCGAUCUGCAACGCGUUAAGGUACACGAAGCUGAUGCCUGUUUAGUUUUAGCCAAUAAAUAUUGUCAAGAUCCGGAUGCUGAAGAUGCUGCCAAUAUUAUGCGAGUUAUUUCGAUAAAAAAUUACAGCGAUGACAUUCGAGUUAUCAUUCAAUUGAUGCAAUAUCAUAAUAAGGCUUAUUUAUUAAAUAUCCCAUCGUGGGAUUGGAAGCAAGGAGACGAUGUGAUAUGCUUGGCUGAACUGAAAUUGGGCUUCAUCGCACAAAGUUGCCUAGCACCUGGUUUUUCAACCAUGAUGGCCAACUUAUUUGCAAUGAGAUCAUUCAAAACUUCACCGGACAUGCAAAUGUGGACAAAUGAGUAUCUGCGCGGCUCCGGCAUGGAAAUGUAUACGGAAACGUUAAGUCCGUCCUUUAUUGGCAUGCCAUUCGCGCAAGCCACUGAAUUAUGCUUUACGAAAUUAAAGCUACUUUUAUUGGCCAUUGAGAUUAAAGGUACGGAAGAAGGUGCCGAUAGCAAAAUUUCCAUAAAUCCACGUGGUGCUAAGAUACAAGCGAACACACAAGGAUUUUUCAUAGCUCAAAGUGCCGAUGAAGUAAAACGCGCUUGGUUUUACUGUAAAGCCUGUCACGAUGACAUAAAAGACGAAACGUUAAUCAAAAAGUGUAAAUGUAAAAAUUUGACUGCUCAACCCAGGAAUAAAUUCGGUGAUUUAGAUGUAGGCAUGAUUAUGAUGCAAACUGGAAUGGUUAAACACGGUCUGAAUUCAGCCUGUCACACAUACAUCGACGUGGCCACGUUCAGGAAAGGCGUCCGAGCCGUACAAAUGGUUGGACGAGCAAAAGACGAUGACAACUUGUUACCAAAUGAUCAUCAUCCCGCGCCUACAUUUACUCCUCCAGAACUUCCAAAACGGGUGCAUGUGCGCGAAAAUAUGCGCGGAGUCACUGCCGCUGACAUUACUAGAGAUCGGGAAGAUAUUAACUUAAUUAAUCGAAACCGACGAUCAAAUGGUGGUAUUACGGGUUCAUCGCAACAACUUAACGCGCAACAACAGCCACAACAGAUUGGAGCACAGCAGCAACAGCAACAAUCGGCCAAUAUGCAAGUGAAUUCCAUAAAACAAGUUAACAAAGUCAAACCAAAUGUAAAUAGACAACCUCCAGAUAAUGCAGUCUCACCAUCAACGUAUAACAGACCUACGGAACCUGAAGCAAAUCCAUAUGCGGGAUAUCAACUUGCUUAUGAAGUGAAAAAACUCAUGCCAACGAGUCGUGGCGGUGGAUCUGGAACACAGCAGGGCAAUGGUGUUUCAAUGCCAGCUGGCAUUGCUGAUGAUCAAUCAAAGGAUUUCGAUUUUGAGAAAACCGAAAUGAAAUACGAUUCAACUGGGAUGUUUCACUGGAGUCCUGCCCGAAAUUUGGAAGAUUGUAUUUUGGAUCGUAAUCAAGCAGCAAUGACGGUACUUAAUGGUCAUGUUGUUGUGUGUUUAUUUGCCGAUCCCGAUUCACCAUUGAUUGGACUGAGAAAUUUGGUGAUGCCAUUGCGUGCAUCAAAUUUUCAUUAUCAUGAGCUAAAACAUGUAGUAAUUGUUGGUUCGGUUGAUUACAUUCGACGCGAAUGGAAAAUGCUACAAAAUUUACCAAAAAUAUCUGUACUGAAUGGAUCGCCAUUGAGCCGAGCUGAUUUACGUGCUGUUAAUGUAAAUUUAUGUGAUAUGUGUUGCAUAUUGUCAGCAAAAGUGCCCAGCAACGAUGAUCCAACGUUGGCCGAUAAAGAAGCAAUUUUAGCAUCACUUAACAUCAAAGCAAUGACCUUUGAUGAUACAAUAGGCGUUUUAAGUCAACGCGGUCCAGAGUUUGAUAACAUGAAUACAGCAGGCAGUCCAAUAGUUUUACAGAGAAGAGGCUCUGUCUAUGGAGCAAAUGUUCCGAUGAUUACAGAAUUAGUUAACGAUAGUAAUGUACAGUUCUUAGAUCAAGACGAUGACGAUGAUCCGGAUACAGAACUAUAUUUAACUCAGCCAUUCGCUUGUGGUACAGCAUUUGCCGUUAGCGUAUUAGAUUCAUUAAUGUCUACGACUUACUUUAAUCAAAACGCCUUAACAUUAAUUCGAUCAUUAAUUACGGGUGGUGCAACACCUGAACUGGAAUUAAUAUUGGCUGAAGGUGCUGGUCUUAGAGGUGGUUAUAGUACUGUAGAUAGUUUAAGCAAUCGAGACAGAUGUCGAGUCGGGCAAAUAUCGCUGUACGACGGACCGCUGGCUCAGUUUGGCGAGGCUGGAAAAUACGGUGACCUUUUUGUAGCGGCUUUAAAAUCUUAUGGCAUGCUAUGUAUAGGCUUGUACAGAUUUAGAGACACUAGCUCGAGUUGUGAUGCAAGUAGCAAACGAUACGUAAUCACAAAUCCUCCGGAUGACUUUUCGCUACUGCCAACCGAUCAAGUCUUCGUUCUAAUGCAAUUCGAUCCGGGUUUGGAAUAUAAACCGCCGUCAGUGCGUCGUGCAACAAAUGUGAAUACACAGAGCGCCGGUGUAGGUGGUGGUGGUUCGAAUAAAGAUGAUAACUCCUGACUGUUGCUGUGUAGCGCCUUAACUGAUGGCCCUUAUUCGUACAUAUGAACGACGGAGAAAUUCUCUAUAUGCAAUGUAAUACAAUUUAUCCAAACAGUGUAUCAGAAAAUUAUUGGAAACAUUUAUUUUGUUUUGAGAAAAUUGCGAUUGCGAAACGCGGACGUACCAUACAACGAUUCCGCCGUCGCUGAUUUUGCUGUUGGUACAGAUAACACAAUUUAUCAUUUUUAAAUGACAAGCAACGAGGAUAACAUAUCCUGUUCUCAAGAUACCAACAAAAAUCAAUCAAAGUAUAACAGUCUCAGCCAAACAAUCGUAAAAAUAAAAGUCAAAUAAAUUUUUUCAAAUAAAUUUCUUCGAAUUGCAUUACAUUGCAUAUUGGUACAUGCAACAUGGUAUUAUUUCAAUUGAAAAGAACCUGUACAUUUUAUUACUUUUCAUUUUGAUUGUCUUAUAUCUUGAACUUAUAUUGUUUUAUUUUUUUUCGCAUUUCACUUCAUUUGAUCGCAUACUAUCCGAAUUAAAUUUGUGACAUUUUGAUUUCACGGUUUUAUAACGAAUUAAUACCUAUUGCUUGGAGAUGAUAAAUAUAAAACCGUCUUUCAUAUGAAAACAGUUUGCUAGCCACACCAUUCCGAAUCACUUGUUUGCCUCUUUUCCCAUUAUCAAUUGCCUUAGUUUCGAUUUUAAUCAAUUUUAUUUUUUCGUGAAUGGAACUUAACUCUAGAAAGUUUGUAAAAAAAUAUGACAUUUUAUUUAUUGAUUAUUGAUUUAAGAGAAUGAUAAAUUGUUUUUAUGUUUUGAUGAUUGGUGUGGACGGGCACAUGGGGCGCUAUCAGUAAGGCUGGCUACACUCAACACAAUGAACUAAAAUCUAAUAUUGAAACAAAAAAAGAAGAAGAAGAAGUAAAGAAUUCAAAUUUUGACGAUACCACACACAUAAUACGAUCAAGAAUAAUGGUUAACACAAAACCGACAUUUAGCUCUAGUUUAUAUGAAUGAAUACAGUGUUAAAAUAAUUAAAUGGUUGACCCACAUAAAAAAAAAUAAGAAGAAAGCUCCCAGUCAACACACAAGCAAAUGCGAAUAAGAAUAAUAAUAAUAAUAAUAAUUUAAAAAAAUGUUUGUACAUGUGAAAUUUAUUAAUAAUGAAAGAUGAGAUAAACUUAAUGGCAAACCAAACAAAAAAAUUCUAGUUAAUUGUGAAUUAAUUCUAACAAGAUAGAAGAAGAAAAAAAAAACCAAUAAACUCAAUAUCGAUCUCUAGUUAUGAGCGAAUCAUGAAA